CCAUUCUCGUAAUCAGAAAGCUAAAAUAACAAAAACGUGAUUGACUCGUGUUCAGUCAUUAGUUUUGGUGAGCAGUGAUAGCGAUUACUUCUCCAAAUCACUUUGGUGCCUUUAAUCAACACUCAUAGCAAACAAUGAAAGCUAUUUAUUGUGGCCUUAGAACAAAGCUAUUAACGCUCCUCAUUUGGGUCACAACUUCCGAGGGUUUGAUAAAAGUUGAAAAAUUACAACUCACUUUGCUACCACUCUGGACACCGGAUCGAGUGGUACAUGGCAUGAGUUCCCAGUUGCCUUGUUUGUCUCUAUGCGGCAAGGAUGAGCUCACUUGUAAUGUAGCUCAAUAUGACCAAGUGUUGUUGGAAUGCAAAAUCGGAUGGCUUGAUUCGAUAAGUGGUGGUUUAAGUGGAAAUUAUGGCUUCUUCAAGGUCUCAAGUUUUAUGGUUGAUAUCAUCGUCAGAGUUGUCAAUUCGGCGGAUAAUAGUCCAUUAGUCGGUGUCAACAUUGGUAUUCAGCGUGUGGGUGGGGAACAAUAUCCAUCUCAAGUUACUAAUUCCGUGGGAGAAGCAAUAUUUCAUAUCUUACGAUUCGGUUCACUCUCAAUCACUGCCGAAGAACCUGGGUUUACCACAGAGACGACUAAUCGGAUCCUUAACACUUCACCAGUUCAAGAAGUCAUUCUUGCUUUGUCAGCCCAACUUCUGCCUGGUCAAUUAAGAAGUGUUUUAACGUGGACUUGUUGCGUUGAAGACAUGGAUAUAUUCACAAUUUCAACUCUUGACACAAGUUGUUGGAUCGAUUUUGACGUUACCACUUGUCAUCGAGGAAGUUCGGGGUCUAUUAGCUUUAAAAUAGAUUCAGGAGAUUACGGAUCAAAAGGAGGAGAGACCCUGGAAUGGAGUGGGAAUUUUCCAUCACCGGACCCUUACACUAUUUGGGUUCAGAACUACAAUUGGGAGGAUGAAAUAUCCACAGCUGGAGCGGUCGUUAGCAUGUUCUCAUCCAAUGAACAAAGUAUCAAGGUGGUGGCACCUUCGGACGUUUUGACCAAUACCUCAUUUUGGUUGGUUGGGUGUUUUGACCCUAACCUGGGAUUAGCCAGUUUUCAAGAAAUCAAUCUUUACACUAAUGCCCUCGAUGACCAUGUUUUGUGUUCGAUUAGUUGAAAGAGGACGCCCUUGGUGGAAAAUAAAGGGACAUAUUUGAUAACUUACAAUGUUGAAAUAAAAUUGU